AUGGAGACCUCGGGGGUCGGCGAAGGGGCGGAAGCAGACAGCAGGUUGAGUUGCCCUCGCAGCCGCCAAGGCACAGCCAGACAACCGAAGCACCUGUGGCGGCAGCCCAGGCGCCCCAUCCGCAUCCAGCAACGGUUCCAUUCGGACCCGGACAAGUCCACGGGUCGCCGCGAGCGGGACCGCAGCCCGCGGCCCGGGCUGGGGAAGUCGCGGCGCUCCUGGCCCACUUCCUCCCACAGGCGCUUUGACCUUGAAAAUGGGCUGUCGCGCGAGAGAAGUGCCCUGGACCCUCAGUCCAGGCCUGGCCUGGGCCGGGUCGUCCAGGCCCCUGUCCCGCACAGCCAGCGGCGCGAGUCCUUCCUAUACCGCUCGGACAGCGACUACGAACUCUCGUCCAAGGUCACGUCCCGGAACUCUUCCAUGGCCAGCGACCUACACGGAGAAGACUUGAUUGUGACACCUUUUGCCCAGGUUCUGGCCAGUCUGCGGACAGUUCGGAGUAAUGUGGCGGCCCUUGCCCACCUGCAAGGCUGGGGGGCAGCCAAGUACGCCGACAGCGGAGCAGAGGCAGGGUUGGCAGGUUCAAGGCAGGCAUCUUUCGGGAACCUUCCAUCCAGCUGUCAGCCCCCUCCACCUACAGAGGACACUGGACGGACACUGGCAUUGGAGACACUGGACGAGCUAGACUGGUGUCUGGAUCAGCUGGAGACACUGCAGACACGGCACUCGGUGGGGGAGAUGGCCUCCAACAAGUUCAAGCGGAUGCUGAACCGGGAGUUGACCCACCUGUCCGAAACCAGCCGCUCCGGGAACCAGGUGUCUGAAUAUAUCUCACGGACCUUCCUGGACCAGCAGACUGAAGUGGAGUUGCCCAGGGCAACCCCUGAGGAGCCCCCACGACCCAUGUCCCAGAUCAGUGGCCUGCGUGGGCUCCCUCACAGUGCCAGUCUCUCUUCAGCCACUGUCCCACGCUUUGGGGUCCAGACUGACCAGGAGGGGCAACUGGCCAAGGAGCUGGAAGACACCAACAAGUGGGGGCUUGAUGUGUUUAAAGUGGCAGAGCUGAGUGGGAAUCGGCCCCUUACAGCCGUCAUAUUCAGCGUCUUUCAGGAGCGGGACUUGCUCAAGACAUUCCAGAUCCCAGCAGACACGCUGGCCACCUACCUGCUGACUCUGGAGGAUCACUACCAUGCCGAUGUGGCCUACCACAACAGCCUGCAUGCCGCUGAUGUGGCCCAGUCCACACAUGUGCUACUGGCCACACCCGCCCUCGAGGCUGUGUUCACAGACCUGGAAGUCCUGGCUGCCAUCUUUGCAAGUGCCAUCCAUGAUGUAGACCAUCCUGGGGUCUCCAACCAGUUUCUCAUUAACACCAACUCGGAGCUGGCGCUUAUGUACAAUGAUGCCUCCGUGCUGGAGAAUCACCACCUGGCGGUGGGCUUCAAGCUGCUGCAGGGGGAGAACUGCGACAUCUUCCAGAACCUCAGUGCCAAGCAGCGGCUGAGUCUGCGCAGGAUGGUCAUUGACAUGGUGCUGGCAACGGACAUGUCCAAACACAUGAACCUCCUGGCCGACCUCAAGACCAUGGUGGAGACCAAGAAGGUGGCAAGCCUUGGUGUUCUGCUGUUGGACAACUACUCUGACCGCAUCCAGCAGGGCGACCGCGAGCGUGAUUCGGGCUUGGAUGUCAGCCCCAUGUGCGACAAGCACACGGCCUCAGUGGAGAAGUCCCAGGUGGGUUUCAUCGACUACAUUGCCCACCCACUGUGGGAGACGUGGGCUGACCUGGUGCACCCAGACGCACAGGACCUGCUGGACACAUUGGAGGACAACCGCGAGUGGUACCAGAGCAAGAUCCCCCGAAGCCCCUCAGACCCCACCAGCCCUGAGCAGGGUGGCCCUGACAGAUUCCAGUUUGAGCUGACUCUGGAGGAGGCGGAGGAAGAAGAGGAGUCAGUGUUAGACAGGGUGGCCCUGGAAUCACCUGACCCUGACCCUGGGGCCCUACCCCUGGACAACCAGAGGACCUAG